AUGGCGGCCAGGGCGGCGGCGCCCGGCGCGGCGCGGGCCCCCUCGACGCCCCGGGCCGCUCGCUCGGGCUGGCGGGCGGGCGGGCGGCCGGCGUCCCGGGCGAGCGCGAGCCGCGGCUCCGCUCCCGCCGCGCCGCCGCCGGCCCGGGCCAGCCAAUCAGCGCGCGGCGGCGGGCGCGGGCCGGCCGCGCGGCCAGCUGCAGAGGCGGCCUCCGCGGGCGGCGCCCGGGAGGGGCGGCGGGGCCGGGGGCCUGCGGCGGACGGGGGAGGGGCGGCGCCCGGCGGACGGGCCCCGGGGAGUCCGCGGGUGGCAGGCGGGCGACUAGCGCGGCAGCCGGAGGGCAUCCCCGCCCCGCCCGGGACCCCGGUGGGCGUGGCGUCGCCGGCCGGGGGAAGCAAGAGUAAUUUCAAGGCAGGCCCAGCAGUGACGACUUGGAAACCCAUCUUAAGAUGUCUCAGAAUAAAAGGUCAUUGCCUUUUGGGAGGAAGACCACAAGAGGCUGGGACAUGCAUGUGUAGUGGUGAGCCAGCUUUUACCAAACAAAUGAGGACGGCACAAUGGAUGAUUCAAUGGUGGAGUAAUGAGACAGAAGAAAGAGAGAGUGCGAGUGGAGGAGAGGGGCAGAAGGAGAGAGAAUCUUAAACAGACUCCACAC